UCGAAUAUCACAGCAACAAGGCGCAUUAACGUGAACAAGUUUGGUUCCGAUUGAAGUGUAAAGGGCAGUGAAACAUCACACGAGGAAGGCAGACAACGGUUAUCGUCGUAGUUAUCCCGGAACCACAUAGGAAAAGUAUUAGAAGCCCGACAUCGGAUCGCGCUCAAGCCAUGGGUAGUGCGAUGAAAGGUUUGAUCGCGUAUGACUGUGCGCAUGACAACAUCAAUAUCACAAGUUACUCUCUCAUAAAUGUAGCCUCUUGCGAAACCCCGACAAAGAACAUAACCAUUAACGAGUCGCGAAUUCAAGUAUUGCAACAAAGCCCUAAAAAAUUCGUUCAUGUUCACCAAUGCAAGGUAGUAGUCAAACGCUCGAUAAAACAUUGUGGCGCGUGGUCCCACACCUCUGAGUACGAAAACGGUUACGCGUAUAUUGUAAAGGAAUUCACUCCGGAAGAAUGUAAAACCGCUCAAACGUUAGCCGAAAUUUCACUCUCCAUGAAUUAUAAGGUUAGGGAAUUAAGCCGCAAUGAUACCACCAGAGGAAUGACGCUUGUCACCGGCAGCAUCAAGGGUUCAGCCUGCGUCGGAGGGCUCUACGCGACUUCAUCCCAAGCCUGGGAAAACGCGCUUGUCUUCUACGAAUACGAGAUCAGCAUGUACGACUACUUCACAACAACGAACAUCGAGAGCGAUCAAAUCACCUUACGAAAUGGGAUCGUAUGCUCAUAUAGCGUUGGAUGGUGCUUGGAUGCAGAAUUCGGUUACUUCACGUGGGAGAAAAAUCACCAAAUGCCGUGCGAAGGAACCGACUUUGAAAUCAUCUACGAAGGUACGGUCAACAAGACAUUUGACAGCGACGACGUCAGAGGUUCAAUGACCGCGGUGUACACUCUUAUUACACCCGAACACAUGUUCUCCAUAAGAGCACGCGACACAAGACAAAUCUGCGGUUUCGACAGCUACGUCACAGACCACCCACGCAUCUUCAUACUCGAGCUGAACGGUUAUCAAUCGCCGUUCAAGCGUAAGGCGGAGAACGGGAGGAACUUGGAUUUAUUCACCUAUUUUAACUCCAAGAUUACGCUGGUGGAAAGUUACCUGGGGCAACAGCUAAACGACGUCUACACAACGGUGAUGACCGAAAUGUGCAAGAUCGAUAAAGCCAUAUUGGAAACCAAAUUAACACUCGCACGCCUCAACCCUAGCGAGUUCGUCUCAAAUUUGGUCAAACGUCCCGGAUACACCGCAGUAGUCGCUGCAGAGGUUUUGUACAUCCUAGAAUGCAAACCAGUCUACGUCACCUACGACAGCAAGCACGACUGCUACCAAGAGAUACCGGUGAAAUACAACAACCAAUCAAUGUUCAUGGCGCCGGUCACCAGAAUACUACAGCUGAGAGGUACUCAAAUCGAUUGCACACCGUUGCUGCCCGCCAAAUUCGCUAUCGGUGGAAGAUGGUAUACCACGGACCACAAACUCCGAGAAACGACACCCCCGCAAGAGUUGACAUCAGACAUCGUUACGAGUUGGUCGUACACACCCUUACCGAGCCUGAUGGAAAGUGGGGUUUACGACUAUGAUAACCUGCAGAAGAUGAAGAACAUGGUCUACGAACAGCAGGACAAAAGAAUCGCGUCUUCGGUGUUACACAAGAUGAUAACCGGCCAGCACCCAAAUCUGCAAGGCUUUUCCUUCGAACCGCUAAUGUCGGAGAAUCUUAUCCAUAGUGCCUUUAACAGAUACUGGAACAAGUUGGUGUCAUGGUCGACAUGGCUAGGUAAUAUAACCUCGACAGCCUUGGGUGUCUACAUAAUCGCCAGAAGCUUCAAGUUCAUAGUAGACACCAUCAUACACGGUAGAAUACUGUAUGAUAUCUACGGCAUCGGCUGGCAACUACUAGCCUCGUUCUGGGACUCGCUUACGAAUCUACUAUCUCAUCGCAACCACAUGAGAGAAAGCAGAAAGGCGAGCGGCGGGGGAGACAAUACCGUAAUUGACAGCCAGGCGGAAGUCGAAAAUAAGCAGCCAGUGCGCAGACCAAACCAGAAGACGAAGAAAAUAUUUCCUGAAUUGCAUCACGAGAUAGAUCUUCAAGAGCAGUAUGGGCAAACUCGCAUCGACCGAGCGAGACUCGAAGACAACAUUUCGCCUGCGACCACUCAUCAGGCGUCUGGACAUCUAUAA